AUGGCCACGAUGAGCGUAGAACAGUUCCGGCAGACGAACCGAGUGAACUUAGAAGGAACAUUUCUGACAGCCCGCGAAUGGCUGCGAGGCAUACAGUCCGCUAGAAACCCAGACACACUGCAGAAUAUGUCUUUGGUGGUCUUUGGAUCGGAAGCUGGCCUGAUGGGUGUUAAGAGUAAUGCAGACUACGCAUCGAGCAAAGCAGCCUUACAAGGCCUAGUCCUCAGUCUAGCUCCUGAUGCGGCCAGUAUACAUCCUCGAGCGCGUGUCAACUUGAUUGCUCCAGGCCCCGUGGAUACACCUCAAUUUCGAAAAGAGAUCGCAGAAGAUCCUUUGGAGGGAUGGACGGAGGUAGCAACAGUGGCGCAAGGCCGUCCUACACCAAUGUCGGCGGUAGCGUACUCAUGCUUGUUCCUAGCGAGCGAGCGAUAUAGCUCCUCCGUCACUGGGCAGUUCCAUCGUCUAGAUGGCGGCAAGUCAGGCAAACUCUUUCAUCUGCCUGCAAGAGGCAGCAUCCGAUAG